AUAGAGAAGACAUGUGUGGAAUAGCAUUGAUAGUCUCAGGCAUUCGUAUUGACACCUCAUGGUUGCCCUUCGAUUCAACAAGUUCAACUCGGAAAACCGAGAAAUUGUUGUUCUCUUUGGAUGAUCUCAAAGCAGCUCUGCGGAGAAGAGGUCCCGAUAGCGUGUGCGCCAAGAAACUUCUUCUCCAAUCCGAGGAAAACCUAAUUUCAUCUUUCACAGAUGAUGGCGUGUCAUCUUCCGAACGCGACAACGCCGAUGGCAUCCACACCGCGAAGCUUCAUUUCUUCGGUGCAACCUUGCAGCUCAGGGGAAUUAAUCCGCUUGUUCAGCCACUGGUGGAUGCGUCAGGGAAUUUUCUCGUGUAUAACGGUGAGAUUUUCGGUGGAUUUGACCUGGAAAGUAAUUGCAACGAUACUGAGUUUCUCAUGCGGACUCUAGGGGAAUGUUGUUCCUGUGGUUCUUGUUCAGCUGGUCACUGUGUUGAAUGUGGAAAAAGUUCCGUUGUGGGUGUUCUUUGCACAAUUAAAGGGCCUUGGGCUAUCAUUUAUUGGCAGGAUAGCUCUAGGACUCUUUGGUUUGGUCGGGAUGGGUUCGGUCGGCGGAGCCUUCUCGUUCACUGGCCCACGGAAGAUGACUCAACCUUUCUGCUUUCUUCCGUUUCACCUGUUUCGCCAGUUCAGUUGGCCACUGAGGAUGAAACUCUAAAUAGGAUAGGAUGUUUUGGUUACUGGGAAGAGCUACCAUGUGGAAUAUAUAGUUUGCAUGUGGAUGUUUCAAAAUCAAGCGGCUAUCUGGUUGCUCAAGUCAAAAUGCAUGAAUAUGCAAAUUCAAUGUUAACUGAACUUAUCAAGUGGGAUAGAAUUUCUGUUGAACCAAGCUCUGAAGACCUGAAAACAUGCUCUCAUAAGUUAUCCAAGGGCCAACUUUCUAUGCAUCUGGCUUCUUCAGAGUCAGUUCCAAAUGAAACAGGUUCAGUUCAAUCUUCAAUUCCGGGUCCGGCUCAUAUUUUGCUUGAUGCUUUAAAGGAAUCUGUGUUACGACGUACUUCGUUGUAUACUGUUUAUCAGGCAGUGACAUCUGGUAUCAGACAAGAGGAAUUUGUUCCGGUUGCAAUUCUUUUCUCAGGUGGCCUGGACUCCAUGAUACUUGCAGCAUUAUUGGAUAAAUGCCUGGAUCCCAAUUAUGAAAUCGAUCUACUUAAUGUAAGUUUUGAUGGUCAUUUAGCUCCUGAUAGACAAUCUGCAAAAGCAGGGUUGAGUGAACUAAGAAGAGUUGCACCUUCCAGGAAGUGGAGACUGGUGGAAAUUGAUGCUGACUUGUCAGACUUGGUGUUCGAAACUAGUCAUGUUGUGUCACUCAUAAAUCCUGCCAACACCUACAUGGACCUUAAUAUUGGAAUGGCUUUAUGGCUUGCUUCUGGUGGCAAUGGAUGGGUAUCUGAUGCAAAUAUAUCUGAUAAUGAUCAUGCACGAAUUAAGUACAAGUCGAAUGCAAAGAUUCUUCUAGUUGGUUCUGGUGCUGAUGAGCAGUGUGCUGGGUAUGGGAGACACAGGACAAGUUAUAGACGUGGAAGUUGGCUGGGGCUCCACGAGGAAAUGAGACUCGAUAUGCAAAGAAUUUGGAGAAGAAAUUUAGGGAGAGAUGAUAGGUGUAUUGCUGAUAAUGGGAAGGAGGCUAGAUUUCCAUUCUUGGAUGAAGAUGUUAUAAGGCUGCUGCUCAAUAUGCCGUUGUGGGAGGUUGCCAACCUUGAUCAACCUAUCGGCGUUGGUGAUAAAAAGAUCUUAAGAGAGGUUGCCAAAUUGCUUGGUUUAUAUGAAGCAGCAGUUCUGCCAAAACGAGCAAUUCAGUUUGGUUCAAGAAUUGCAAGGGAAUCAAAUCGGAAGAAUUUUGGAAGCAAUCGAGCAGCAAAUCAGGCAUCAGCUGGCAGCGUGAGGAUUAAUAAUAGGAAAUCCAGUUUUUGUUGAUUUCUUUUUGCACGCGGAACGCGUAUUAUUUUCUAUUCAAAAUCAUUAAUAUAUCGAGUUGUUUGAAAUUACUUGCCUAUAUAUUUGAUUAAGAAAUUGGAUUGGGAAACAAGGAAGUUGAAAUUAUAUAUUUAAUAAAAUUAUACACAAAUUUAGUGACCCAAUA